AUGAGCCAGGUCCAAGCUCCCCUCGGCGGGGGCUACCCUCAGUCGCCUGAUCCAACGCUCAGCGACCCAAGAUGGCUUCAGCAACUCGCCAGCCAUCCGAUCUUCACACCGCGCGAAGAAAGCAGCGGAACGAGCACUGCCUCUGAUGAUCAGAUCGUUGGCACCCAUGCACGUCUGAUGGUCGUCCGAGGCACCGACCUGAUCGUUGCGGUCGACAACGAGGUGCGCAUCGCAUCGCUAGUGGAUGCCAAAGCUUCCGCAGCUACUCCCGCAGCGUUAGCAUCGCGCUCGUCUUCGCUCGGAGCGAUGUCGUCCACCAACUACAAGGUGCUCGUGCCAGCACAGGGACCUGCGAUCGACUUUGAGAUCCAGCACCUCAGCCUCAAUCCUACCGGCAAGCUGCUCGCCUGCGUCGGUGCCAGCCAAAUCACCCUUCUCGUCAUGCCGCGAUCUGGUUACACCAAGCACGUCGAUCGCACCGUCGCCUGCCGCGCCGUGCCGAUCGCUCCCUACUACCACUCUGCUCAUUCGGAUGCCGCCGUGGCCAAGGUUGACUGGCACCCGUGGGGUGAGAGCGGCACUUCGCUCCUCGUCCUCACCGACGACGGCCUCCUGCGCGAGUACGAUGUUGCCAGAGACACCGAGGAGCCGCAGCAGACAGCAUCGUUCCUACCCAUCCAGCCUACUUCCAACGCUCAGAGGUCGAGAUCGCGCUCCGCGACUCCCAGCCUAGCGGCGCACAAUCGCAGCUCUUCACCCAUUGCCAGCAGAAGCUCGAGCAACUUUGGCGCCUCUCGCGGCUUUGGCCUCUCUGCGGAGGAUGACGAUGCCACAAUCGCGGUGAGCUUCGCGCUCUGCGUCAACGAGGCAUCUCUGGCGCGCUCCACUGCCUUUGACCAAGAUGACGACAGCGCUUGGGCAGCAGCAGCUUCAAGGUCGCAGGGUCCCACCGACUGGUCGCCGCUCACAGUGUUCGGCUUGAUGAAGAACGGCGAUGUGUGGGCCAUCUGUCCUUUCCUGCCCAAGAGCGCCGUUGUUCCGGCAGCCUACAUUCACGACCUUGCCAAGCUUGCCUCGCACCAUGCAAACACGGUCGAGUCGCAGCAGACGUCGAGCGUCGACACGCAGCUGCGGUACGUCAACGCACUCCUCAAGCAAGCGUCUCAAGGCAUCGCAAAGCGCAGCAGAAGCAGCAUUAGCAACGGACGCCAGACGUCCGUGACCCCAGCACCCGAAGCUUUUGCACGAUCACGGUCCACAUCGACAAUGGAUCUCGACCAGCUCGUCGACCCACAGGACGCAGAUGCGGAUGAGAGCCAAGUCGACAUGGAUGCUGUGCAAGACGGUCCCAUUCGACUCCACCCGCCCUCAUGGUCGUACCGCCAGGACGUGCGUCAAGGCGGAAGCGCCAAACGGGCUCCUCGUCCGCAGGGCCCCUUUUUGCUGCGGCCGGCACCUGUAGAGUUGUGCGACGAGCGCGAGACAGUGGCGUGCGACAUUGUCUGGACUUGGCUCACGGACGAACGCGCCGAGCGGACCGACAGCACCACCGUCUCGGGAGUAGGUGCACUCAGCAUAGUCGGGCACGAUGGCCGCGUCGAUGUUGGACUCCUCUUCGAGUCGGUCCAGGGCUCGUGGGACUCCCGCACAACCAGGCCACGCAACGCUCCACAAAGGAGGACCAAGACGCCCAAGACGAACCGAUACGGCUUGUCCGACACCGAAGACGAGGCGGACGAACUAGAGGCACUGACGUUGGACGAGCCGGAGGAGCUGCCUUCACUGCUGAUCUACGAGACGAUCGAUCUGGGUCUGCUGGACACGGCGGUGGAGAAUGGCGUGAAGAGCCAUGCGGCGGCAUCGGAUCUGUUGCUGGACACCUCGGCGCGCAAUCGACCGACGUUCGUACGCGACCCGCUGUACGGCGAUACGCUCUAUGUCUACCACGCGUUCGGCGCCCAGUGUCUGGGCUUUGCGACGUGGACGUCCAAGCUGAUCCAGGCGCUCAACAUGCCGUCACAGGACGAGCUGGACAACGAUGCGCACGCCGAUGCGUCGUCAGCAACAGCCGAGUCGCGCGAGCAGGCGCUCACCAAGGUGCUGCAUCGGGGCGAGAACACCGAAGUCGUCUGGGUCGUCAACACGGCCGCCCCGGGCACCGGCAAGGGGCGCAACGCGCUCGAGAUCAACCCAGUGACAGCAGUGGCUAUCCUGUCGGACGUGUACCUUUCGUACGCCUUUCUAGCCGUGACGGCGGAUCUGCAGUUGGUGGGAGUGGAGCUGUCGCUUCGUGUCGAGCAUGACGUGGCGGACUCGCCGGCUGCAAUGGCUCCGGAGCUCGGAUUGAGCGAGUCCAAGCUUCCGAAGCCGUACGUGUCGCUGCUGGGCGAGGGACCGGCGUUCCAGCCUCCGGCGGUCUUUGCCGCAGGUUCGGGGGUGCAGGGACUUCCUUCGCAUCCGCGACGUGCGGCGAUGGCCGGCGUAUCUAAAGGCGAGGUCCAAGUGACGCCGGACACGCUUCGUGCACUGGGCAAGACAGUAGAGUCGUAUCGGCACGAGAUCCGCGACGUCGUGUCUGCAGGCAACGCGGUACAAGCGCGUCUGGAUCUGCAGGUGCGCGAGAUGACGCGCCAGCUUUCCAAGCUCGACCAGAUCCGCGCGCGGUGUUCCGCGCUUGGGAGUGGUGAUGGUCAGAGUGCACUGGGCGAGCGUGUUGCCCGACUUGCAUCGACGCAGGUGGCACUAGUGUCGCGCAUUGAUCGUGCGCUGCAGCGGUUGAUGGACUCGCACCAGCCGAGCAUCUCGGUGUACGAGCGACGCUGGUUCGACGAACUGGAACGCAUUGCUGCCGACGUGGGCAUUGCGCGCACCUCGAGCGGCGAGCUCAAGCCCGACACCCGCGCACGCAAGGGCAUCGCAGCCAAAGCGGAUCGUCUCGCACACCAACUCGCGCUAUUGCGGCCCCAGAUGGACGUGCUCGCCGCCACCCCUGCCAAUGAACGCGCCUUGUUGGGUGCAGACCAGCUGCGCAAGGUCGAAAAUCUGCUUGCGGCCCAAGCAACCAUGCUGGCCGAAGCCAAGGCAAAGGUCGCCAACCUCAAUGCAAGGAUGUCGCAAAACCCACCGCGUCAGCCGAGCGUCGCAGUCGACGCGGAUCUGUCGAUUGCCAGCAUCUACUCGAGCGCGUCGGGUGUUCCGCCCGGUCUACCGCACAGCAGCACGCUCGCCAACCUCGCUUCUCCCUCGUCAGUCCGCUCGCGCACGCCAUCUUCCUUCUUCGCUUAG